UAAAAAAUGAUAUAUAUACAAUAUUCUUUCUUGCUCUCAUUUCUUCGAAUUAUAUUGUAUAUAAGCCCAUUAAUUCGUUGAACAAACAAAUAUUCGAAAAGUCAUUGUCAAGAUUUAUGGCCUGUUUGAUAAGGUAUAUAAGCCCAUUAAAGGCCCAAGUGUUCAUCUAAGACUUUCUUACUUGUUAUUCAAAAGUUCGUUUCCGGAAGCUAAAAAGGAGCAAACUACAGAAAGAGAUUGUUUCUUCGAUACGAUCAAUCAACCAGCUGGUUUUUUUUUUUUCCAAAUCGAAAUCGGGAAGAAGAUGUUUCUCACUAGGACUGAGUAUGACAGAGGAGUCAAUACCUUUUCUCCCGAAGGCCGUCUUUUUCAGGUUGAGUAUGCCAUUGAAGCUAUCAAGCUUGGUUCUACUGCAAUUGGCGUGAAGACUAGAGAAGGAGUUGUUCUUGCAGUCGAGAAGCGUAUCACAUCUCCCUUGCUGGAGCCGAGCAGUGUGGAGAAGAUAAUGGAGAUUGAUGGCCAUAUAGGUUGUGCCAUGAGUGGUCUAAUUGCUGAUGCCCGCACACUCGUUGAGCACGCACGAGUGGAGACUCAAAACCACAGGUUCUCGUAUGGUGAGCAAAUGACUGUAGAAUCUACAACACAAGCUUUGUGUGAUCUGGCCUUACGCUUUGGAGAAGGAGAUGAAGAGUCUAUGUCUCGGCCUUUUGGAGUAUCCCUUCUCAUUGCUGGGCAUGAUGAAAAUGGACCGAGUCUGUACUACACAGAUCCAUCGGGAACAUUCUGGCAAUGCAAUGCAAAGGCCAUUGGGUCAGGCUCAGAAGGAGCUGAUAGUUCUCUCCAAGAGCAAUUCAACAAGGAUUUAACGCUUCAAGAAGCUGAAACAGUCGCUGUGUCAAUCCUAAAGCAAGUGAUGGAAGAGAAGGUGACUCCAAACAAUGUCGACAUCGCCAAAGUCGCACCAGCUUAUCACCUCUACACUCCUCAGGAGGUCGAAGCCGUCAUCAGUCGUCUCUGAGGAAACAAACCGGCACUUCUUUCCGGUUAUCUUACCUGGUCUGUCAGGGAAGUUGUCAAGCUUGUGUCUGCGUCUAGUUCUCUAAACCGAGACAAACUUUCUUUUCACCAAAUGAUUGUUACAUCUUAGUAUUGCUUAUGCGAGAUGAACAAGAGGUUUUUGAUUUGCGAGACCAUAUUCCUUGGUAAACUGUUAAGAUUUAAUGUUGGUUGUCAUGUUGUUGGACUUUAUAGAAUUUCAUAAACUAUGUUAUGAAGCCAUCAAGGUAAUUUUUCCAUUACUCGAGCUACUAUAUGUAAUUUCCAAGUCACUUGUCGUUGUUAGUGUUGUGCUAUUUUUGAAUGUUUCUUUGAAGUUACAAACCAAUAAAUUAUUAUUUUUUAAAACAAAA